AUGCAUAAGAUUCAACACCCUUCUUAUCAUUUUCUAUCUCUCAAACUUCACCACUUUUAUUCUAGUGACGAUGAGAGUGUCAACAAGUGGCAUUGCUUCUGUUGUCAAGAAACCAUCUUUCAAAAUAUUUAUUAUUGCCCUACCAACAAGUUAAUUAUGGAUCAAAUUUGUGCGAUGAAGCCAAUACCCAUUUUUAUAGACCACCUAAAAAGGCAUCUUCACCCUCUCACAUUUUUCCCUAAACAAAUUUUUUUACCGUGUGAUGUUUGUGGUCUUAUUAAAGAACAUUUUCCAACAUAUUCCAUCAAGAUUGUGUAUAUCACCCUUAUGUCAUCUGAAUCUCUCGUCACCACCACCGUAUCUCCUUCAGAUCCUCUCUUCCAUUCUUUCCGAGUGUGUCGUCGAAAGGUGGACAACAAUUAUGGUGUCUACUCUUGCAACAAGUGUGAUGGUUAUUUUGUUCAUACAAAAUGCACAUUGAGAAAAGACUUAUGCGAUGGGAAAGAACUAAAGGGAAUACCUCAAGAACCUGAGAUAGUUGUUGAGCCAUUUGAGAGGAUAAGUGAUGGAAUGAUACUCCAUUUUACGCAUGACCAUCAUCUAAAACUCGAGAUCUAUGGAGCUUACGAUGAAGGAAAGUUAUGUCAAGCGUGCAGCCUUCCAAUCUACGAGCGUAGCUAUUAUUCGUGUAUGGGUCAAUGCGACUUCAUCCUCCACGAAGCAUGUGCCAAUGCGCCUCGCAAGAAACACCAUGCCUUGCACGCUCGCCCACUUACACUAAAGGUUGGCAAUAUAGGUUACUUCUUCUGCAGUGCGUGUGAACGUCAAAGUUGUGAUUUCGUCUACGAGGGUUGCAAAGAAGAGCAGAGUUUCGAAUUAGACUUACGGUGUGCCUCGGUCUCUGAACCAUUUCAAUAUGAAGGCCAUGAGCAUCCCUUAUUCUUAGCUUUAACGCUGGAAGAAAAAAACUCAGCAAUAUGUCAAAUAUGCCAAAAAGAGGGUGAUGAAUAUAAAUGUUGGCGAAAACUGGCUUGCAUCAAAUGCCAUUAUAUCAUAUGUUUUGGAUGUGCUACUUUACCUUACAAGGCAAGGUAUAGACAUGACAAACAUUUCCUCACAUUUCAGAAAAUGGAAGAGAGAAAUGAUAAGCAAGACUGGUGUGUUAUAUGCAAAAGCAAAAUAGUAUAUUCAAAAAAAGGAGGUUUCUAUUCUUGCGAUGACUACUGCUCCACCACUGUUCAUGUUGAUUGUCUUCUUGAGAAAGACCCGUAUAUGAAACUUGGUCAGUUCAAUUAUUGGGGCAGGGAUGUUCUUAUUCUUCACAACAAGACCAUGUCUCGGCCACUUUGCAAUGGUGAAGAGCACCGUUGUGAUGAUAAAGUAGUUUACAAACAGGGAAACAUGACAUUUUGUUCUUUUUUGUUGUUUCGAUUCAUUCUAGAGGGUGAAUGA